AUAUCAUCGAGCUCUCCUAAAACCCGAAAAACGAUAAAUCAUCAACUAAAGAGCAUCUAAAAUAAAACCCAAAAGCUAUGGCAAUCAUCUCAAAAAUGUGUGCGACGAAAAUAGACAAUGUUCCUACGUAGGGAAGGCUGAAACUUCCGUUAAAAUGUGAAUGUCUAAUAAUAAAACCCGGAUAUCCUUAUGUUGGUCGGAUAAUAGUAUUCAGUGUUUUGUGGCGGUUAUAAUGAUGUUGGAUGUUAGUUUUAGAUUAAGACUUACGAGUAGGGGAGUAUCACCAUUGUUCCUUUUGCUCCGGACUCAAAAUGUGUUAGUGCUUGGUUUUUGUACAGUGUUAUUUGGUGUUUUUGGUGUGUGCGGUGGUUAUCAGGAGCAGAAGUUCGCUAUGGAGCCGCAGGACCAGUUGUUCCUCUUCGCUUUAUUCAUCACAUGUCGAGCACGUGACGAGCCUGUAUACAGACGACAUUUGCCUGAUGACCAAAGUUCGCUUAAGGCGCCUAAAUCAGAAAAUUCUAAUGAAGCGGUUGAUCCCACUGCUCUACGAUAUGGCUUUAAUGCGGCAGCUGCAGCAGCAGCUAGUGCUAGUGCUGGUUUCGGAUUUGACUCAGGCUUUCAAGGAGGUCUUGAAACUGGAUUUAAUGGUGGAAUCGGAGCUAGUAUAGAAACUGGUGGAGGCAUUGAUGGUCUCUUAUCUAGUCUCUUGGAAAGUAGUAUUGGUGGUGGAUUAGAAACAAGUUUUGAAGGAGGUGUACAAGGAGGUGUACAAGGAUGCUUACAAGGAAACUUACAAGGAUGUGCUUACGAGGGUGUACAUGGAGGUAUACAGACAGGUGUACAAAGUGUAGUACAAGGAGGUAUGCAAGGAGGUAUACAAACAGGUAUACAAACAGGUAUACAAACAGGUGUACACAGUAUAGUACAAGGAGGUGUGCAGGGAGUUGUACAGGGAGGUAUGCAAGGAGUGGUACAAGGGGGUAUGCAAGGAGUGGUACAAGGGGGUAUGCAAGGAUUAGUACAAGGAGGUAUGCAAGGAGUAGUACAAGGGGGUAUGCAAGGAGUGGUACAAGGAGGUAUGCAAGGAGUAGUACAAGGGGGUAUGCAAGGAGUGGUACAAGGGGGUAUGCAAGGAGUGGUACAAGGAGGUAUGCAAGGAGUGGUACAAGGAGGUAUGCAAGGAGUAGUACAAGGGGGUAUGCAUGGAGGUGUGCAUGGGGGUAUGCAUGGUGGCAUACAUGGAGGUAUACAAGGUGGUAUACAGGGGGGUAUACAAGGUGGUAUACAGGCAGGUAUAAAGAAAUUUAGAAAAAGAGGUAAAAGGAAACUGUUUCGCGGAGGUAUACUAGCUGGAAUACAGGGAGGUAUACAGGGAGGCAUACAGGGAGGUAUACAGGGAGGCAUACAGGGAGGUAUGCAGGGAGGUAUACAAGGAGGUAUACAAGGUGCUAUACAGGGCGGUAUACAGGGCGGUAUACAGGCUGGUUUACAGGGCGGUAUACAGGGUGGUAUACAGGGUGGUAUACAGGGAGGUAUUUAUGGAGGUAUGCAAGGAGGUGCUGAAAUUGGCGGACAAGCUGCCGUGUAUACCGGUGGUUAUACCGGUCUGAACGGUGGUGGAGCCAUUGUUGUGGAUGGCGGUGGUUACACUGGAAUUCAAGGUGGUGGUACUGCUUGUAUCCAAAGUGGUUGUGCUGUGGGUAUCCAAGGAGGGGUCUCCACUGGUGUGCAAAGUGGCAGUUAUGCCGGUAUCCAAAGUGGUGGAGUUACUACUAUUAAUGGUGGUGGUUACACCGGUAUCCAAGGCGGUGGCUCUGCGUGUAUCCAAGAUAGUUGUUCUAUGGGUAUCCAAAAUGGUGUAUCCACCGGUAUGCAAAGUGGUAGUUACGCCGGUGUGCAAAGUAGUAGCUACACCGGUGUGCAAAGUAGUAGUUACGCCGGUGUGCAAGGCGGUAGUUAUACCGGUCUUCAAGGCGGUGGUUCCACCGGUGGUUAUACCUGUAUUCAAGGAAAUUGUGGGAUUUCGUCGGGUAUAAGUGGUGGCGCAUUAGAAGGGUAUCGCACUGGAUCUGCCAGUGCGUAUUCUGGUGGUUCUGCUGCUAUGUCUGGUGGUAUCUCUACUUCUAUGUCGAGUGAAUCCUCCGCAGCUGUGUCAGGAGGAACCACCUUUGGAGUAUACGGCGGUGGUUCCGCAGGCUCAUUUGGCGGUGUUAGUGUAGAAGGCGGACUUGGAGCUGUGAUAGUCAAGGAGCUGCUAACAGAUGCUCUCCAUGGUGGUGUUAGCAGUGAUGUUUCAAGUAGUGCCUCUGCUGGCGCUAAUUCUUACAGUUCUUACACUUACACGGGUUAAAUUAAUACGAAUACGAAGGUUUAUCAAGAUCUCAAUUUUGAAUAAAUACCGUAUCUCUAAUCAAACUAUUCAUAUAUAAAAAUACUUUUCAUUAAAAGUAUUCAAUCAUGGAAAAAAUGUACAUGAAUUACGUUUAAAACUGUAGAUAUUUUUACGAAUACGAAUUAUGCAGUUUAUAUGGUGUAGGAGAAAAUCAGAUAUGUUUUUGUUGUAUAGUGAGCAAAAAUAAAUAACUAUUUAAAUGUUUUUUAAUUUUAAUCCAUAAGCUGGCAGACUUAAAAAUUAUGUUGAAGAUAGAAAAUUAAUUAAUUAGUUGUUACA